AAAAUAAGUUUAGUCGACCUUCUUACGAAAAAUUGGGUUUGUUCCUUCAAAGUGUUCAAAAAAAGUGAAAAUUUAUACUUAAAAAAACCUUUCGGUGUUACCUGAUUAUAAGAGGGCUCCGCAAACCGAAGCACGUUCAAAUAAAUGCUGCUAGUGCCAUAUUUGCUUUUAUUCAAAAGAAAACAAUUCUGCUUUUUAUUGUUCUUAUAUCAAUAUUAUUAUCAUAAAAAUAGUGUUGUUUAGACCAUAGACUGAAGAGCGUUUCUCUUUGCGAUAUUGGAGUAGCUAAAUCAUGUAAUACUUGUAUAUUUCCAUUAUGAUUUAACCUGUGUAUACAUAUGUAAAUCGUCUGAUUUUACAUGAUAGUAAAUAACGUCGGGUAUUGCGCAAAAUCAUUAAAAGUAGACGAACAUUUCAUCCUAUUCUGUUAUUCGUUUCUUUUGAUGUUUAGCUCUUCAAUUAUGUCGACACAAGAAUGCUUGUGGUCCAGUGGCACUCAAUAUGCAAUGCAUGUAUAUGUAUAUACAUGUAUUACAUUUUCCAUUAAUUCCAUGCAAUAUUACCUCAAGCUGUUUUCCUUGUAAUGCUCGACAGAUUGAACGGUGCCAAAAAAGCCAAAUAUCAUGUAUGGAAAGUUACCUUCAAAUAUGUGUAAUUGUUGCACGUAUGUGCCGCAUUCACAAUUUUGUUUGGAGUUAAAUAAUUAUAAUCUACAAGCAUUUUUCUUAGUUCCUAAUGCAUACUAGUUUGCUGAAUGCAGAGUUAAACAUAAAGUUACAAGUAAAACAUUGGGUUACCGUUAUGACAAUAUAAAUAGAUGAAAACAAUACAAAAUAAUCCAAAUACCGUGAUGAAAUGGAUUAGCUAGCAGUUCCUGACACAAAGAUUACAAGUAGUAUAAGAUGCCAAGCCGAAAUGUCCUUUAAAAUGCAUUACUAUCUGCAUCUGCGUCUUCCCAUUGUCAUACAGAACGAUGGAAAUGCGAUCGUAACAAAUUGAUAUGCAUAGACAUAUGUAUGUAUAAAGACGAAUUUACCUGUAAAGACAUUUUAACCGUUUGGAUAUAACUGAGCAUUACUUGUUUUUGAGCAAACUACCAUAUUAACAAUUGUAAUAACGAAAAGAGAACUAGUGGCCGAGAAUUAGGUGUGGAAAAGUGCCGCAGGGCAUGUUCAUACCUGAGACAUUGAGAAGCUGCAUGAUUGAGACGGACGUAUCUUCAUAUUUGCAAACAUCAUCCUCAGGACAGGAUGAAUUUCAUCCGUUCAUUGAGGCUCUCUUGCCGUUUGUCAAAUCGUUUUCGUAUUCAUGGUUCAAUUUGCAAGCUGCCAAACGAAAGUAUUACAAAAAACAUGAAAAGCGUAUGUCACUGGAGGAGGAGCGACAUUGCAAGGAUGAACUACAAAACGAAAAAGCGGAGGUGAAACAAAAGUGGGCGUCCCGGUUAUUAGGAAAACUACGUAAGGAUAUUACUCAGGAAUGUCGAGAAGAUUUCGUACAAUCCAUCACCGGCAAACGAAAAUCGAUUUGUGUACUUUCGAAUCCCGAUCAGAAAGGCAAAAUGCGACGAAUCGACUGCUUACGACAGGCAGAUAAGGUGUGGCGCUUGGAUUUGGUUAUGGUCAUACUUUUUAAGGCGAUACCGCUUGAAAGCACAGAUGGAGAACGACUGGAAAAAAAUCCCGAAUGUACACACCCUAGCUUAUGUGUAAAUCCUUAUCACAUUAAUGUAUCUGUUCGCGAACUGGACUUGUAUUUAGCGAAUUUUAUCAAUACACAUGAUCCGCUUGACAGCCCAAAUCCGUCGUCACCUCCUCCUACAUCAAUAGCAUUAUUCUCAUAUAACAAUGAACACACCCAUGCUAACUCCAAUAGCAACACUAAUGUCAGUAAUAACAAUAUAAACAAAAUAAAGAAAGAUGGUGAAACACGCAAAGAGAAAGGUUACAGCCAUAAUCCUUAUAAUGGAGUUAUAUGUAACGAUAUAAUAUUGGCUACUGGUGUUUUUUCAUCGAAGGAAUUGUGGAGUCUCUCUAAAGCAUCUAUUCUUGAUGAGGCAAGUAAUGUUUUACUAUCCACAAAUGCUAGUCAUAUUAAGUUGGAAAAUUCCGCCGGAACUUAUGAAUGCAACACAUAUCAGUUGCCACCACCAUCAAUUGGCGUUAGUGUAGAUGUCCCUAGUAACUUGGUAGCGACGAAUAAUAUGUUAGCAAACACGGAUUCUGGCCGAUUAGCUGCCUCCAGCUCUUCUAUGAUUGUUCCGGCUGGGUACAGUAUUGACUUUGUUGAUGCACGAAGUAUGCAUUUGUCGCCAUCUCCUCUCUUGCGAACCCAAGGAGCAGCAGCAUGUAAAACUGACACGUGUACUUCGCCUGAUGUUGGGGGAAGUAACGGCAGUGGUGGUGGUUUUUCUGUGAUUUUGCGUCCAAACGAUUCAACGGGUGCGAGCAUUCAAUCAAGCGAUAUAUCAAUGCUUCAGCGAUAUACGCCUUCACUAAACCGCUCAUUAUUAAAUAUGAGUCAAGUGCGAUCAAGCGAAGUAUUGAUCCAACACAAUGUAACAUCUGCAUUGGUUACAAAUUCAGUUAGCCCUGGUGCAAUGUACUAUCAGUUACAUAAUAGCUCAAAUGGUCCAUCAGAUUCCAGUGAUAGCAGUACUCAGCAUAACCAUCAUCCCCAUAGGCAACAAUCUCAACACCAGGAACACCAACAAAACUUACAUGGUCAUGGUUCACAAAUUUCAGUAGCUGCGGCAGCGGCUGCAGCAACUGCUGCUGCUUCUAUUUCAAAAUAUUCUUCCGAAGUUGUAAGUGGGCAUGAUAUGUCCGAGUUUGUUACCUAUGUUUGCCAAGAAACCGGAAAUAGUAAUGCUCAAAUUAAUGAAGUUCAUCCCCCACCACAUCCUCAAAGUCACUUCCAGUUACAAACGGUUUCUACAGAAGGGCCAUCAUCUAGCCGUAAUCCAAAAUUAUCCUCCGCAGCGCCGUCCGCACAACCCUCUCAUUAUCAACAGUACAGUACGAUGCUACCUCCGCCACCUUUGCCCCCAAUGGCGCGUCCAGUUGCGAUAAUUAGGUCCACAGGUGGUUUGACGAUGGUAGAAUCACCACCAUUAUCUGCAACACCUCCAAACUCCAAUCAACCGGGUAAGGAAUCAUCUAGGCAUCAGCAAACACAGCAGGAUCACCAAAAUCAACAUUCAACUCGGUGCCACACGCUAUCCCAUCCUCAAAAUGUCGCAGUGGAGCACGGUGACUCAAGAGGUCAAAUCUUGACGGUGAACACAUCUAGGAACACUGGUGGAGGUAACGGUAAUACUACUUCGGUUUCGAGUACAACAGAUGCGCUUACCGUUCCAACUUCCAAUAUGCAAAAAAACACAUCUGCUAUUAGUGGUAGCAAUAAUAGCAGUAGUAGUUCAACUGAUAUUGUAGUGGCUAGAUCGUCACCACCACCACCGAUAAGUCCUCAAGAACAUAUAGAUGUUGUACGUAGCACAAAAUCCUCGACAAUAGGUCGCUUUGGCACCCAGUCGUACUCAGCAGCCACUAGUCGGGAGUAUUUCAAUCAUUUCCAUUCACAAACAACUCCAAAACAUUUUUCACAGAUUCUUGGCUACACUAGUUCAAUCUCGACCAUUUCCGGUGUUAUCAGUCCGACUAACCUAAGUUUGUAUUCAUCGCCGAUAACUGGUGCAUCAAAUGCACCUCAUCGGUCUACACCACGGCCACGAUGGAACCCGCCGUUCCUUAUGGAAGAUGAGUUUAGCAUGAUGCAACAUUCAGUGUCCAGCACAAACUCUGAAAACGCUCCAGUGAUAUUAAUGGAAGAUGUUGGCCGAUAUAAUGAAGAAUAUUCUCAGAAUCGUGACUACAUAACAUGAUUAAAUACCAAUUGUAGGUGACUACCAUUAAGAUAACUAGAACUGUUUAGAUAAUAUAAGUUAAAGUUUAUAUGUAAGUUCCCCAUUUUAAGAGCUAGUGAAUAUUGUUUCGAUUAUAUAAGGCAAUUAUAAAUGUAGUUAUUGAAGCUCAUAUGUAUACAUAUAAUAUGUGUAUUUAUACUAAUAAACUACAUAUACAUUUAUAGGCACACUUGAAGAUCCAACCACGCUUUCCUGUGGCUGGGAUGUAAUUAAAUUAUAUUUUAUCAUUAAUAAUUACUCGAUUUAAGUAUACAAUCAUAAACUUCAACGAUUACGAUCACGAACAGAUUGUAAUGUGAUAUGUGAAGUGUAAUAUAAAUUAGCAUCCUGCCUUACCUAUAACCUACUGACUGUACACAGUAGUUAUAGUGUAUAACGUUGCAGGAGGAAAGCAGGAAAAGGCACGUCGUAUGCCCGAUCUCUAAUCAAAUAGUAUUGUAUUGUUCAACAUUCGACGGUGAUUUUGUAAAAAAGGUCUCCGUUAGGACCUUCGAUAGGACGAAACAGAUGAAAUAGCGUUUCAUUUUUAUACAUAACAAGAUUAGACCUAUGUAUACCUUUAUCAAUAUGCCUUCAUUUUAUACAUUUAAUACCAAACUCAAUAUCUUAUGGGAAAAAGUUUUAAAAACAUCUUUUCAUACGCAUGAUUUAGUUAUUCAAGAAAUGUAUUUGCUUUACAAUGGCUCAAUUGGUCAUGGUAGCCUAAUUCAUACAAUUGUAAAGGCUUGUGUAUAAAUCCAUUUGCAUAUACAUACACAUAUGCUUUGCUAGUGAACAUUUAAAUAUAAUAUACAUACAUACAUAUGUAUGAGGUGCAUAAUAUUUUCGGAGUAACUUACACAUUCUGCUAUGUACUUACAUAUAUUUUAUAAGUGCAUAUAAAAUAUUUUCAAACACCUAUGUACAUAUACAUACUUGUUCAUAAUUAUCUAUUCCUUUGUGUGGAAAGUUUGAAAGAAGUUUUUUACCAUCUCAUUACAAUACUUUAUUCGAAUUAGUGUUGAAAAAUGCAUAUAUAGUACAUAUACAUAUACACAUAAUAGCUAUAAUAAGUGGUCACAAUUGUAUGAAAAUACAUGUGUACGGGCAUAUAAGAUUCAUAUACUAUAAAUACCUAAUAACGCAUUUGCAAAUAGAUAGGACUGACAGUCCUUAUGGCCGGACAUCUUCCAUAAUUGGACAAAUUUCAUCAACACAACGUUUUCAUUAAUUUUUUCGUAUAAAGCCAAUUCCUGUAACAUGAGAACGUUCCAAGAACCGGUCACGGACACUAUUUCAAACGGACAAGCUUUCUAAAUUUGUCUAGAAGAUUGUUUACAAUUUAUACUCCCGCUACUUUACGAAAACUAAUGGGAUAAUUGUCAAUCAUUCGUUCUCACCCAUUGGCUCGCAUUUUUUAGUUCGUUAGAAUUAUAGUUUUAAUUGCUGCUUCUGAGCCUAAAAAGAUAUCUGAAACACUCGUUUUUACCACGUCCCUGUAUAUGAACAGUAUCUUUAGCAGGACAAAAAACAGUACGACGGCGGGUGUCCGUCUGUGUAAGCUUUGUUUGAUUAUGUACUAGCAAGUCAAUUUAAGGAUAACUACUCUCCAAAAAUCGCUUACAAGUAUUCGUUUCUCACGAGAAACUCAUUAAAAAAGCCCUAUUGUAAAAUCUUGGACAUAAUAUAAUUAAAACUUCUGAAUGAAACAUGACUUAAUAUCACGGUUGAUGACUGGGUAUGGUAGUUAACUAAGUUUUGAAAUAAGAAACAUGCAUACAUGUAUGAGAAUGCAUAAUUUGGGAUUACAUGUUAUUAGAGUACAAACCUCAAUGUAGAUAAAUAGAGAUACGAUAUGUACAUAGAUGCAAUGAAAUAACUUGUCUAUAAUAAUAAUUUUGUCGCACUUUAUUUACUGUUAAAUAGUUUUAGGUCGUUGUUGUCACUAUUUCUUAUAUGUAUGUAUGGGUGUGCAAAUCGUAUACUAUAUAAUACUAUACAAUUAGUCGAAAAUGCAUAUCGUUUAUGCUUCCAUUACUAAAAAAUACUUUAAUAUGUCUCGUAUGUGAGCAUAAAUAUUCUUAAGUGUAGAUAUUAUAUUUAAAAUAUGUACCACGGUUCACAUUUUACUUUUGACAAAGGUCAUUUAGGUAGAUCGUUUUGAUUAGAUUCGAUCUAACGAGAGAAUUUCGUGUUGCAUUGAUACAUUCUCCACAUUAAAGAAAUGGUGGUUAAAGGUAAAGAUGGCGUCGGACAUAGUUCGCAGCGUUUCUUACUGAUUUCAAAAUUUUAGUAAAGAAAAUUUCAUGUAAAUAAAAUUUCAAAACCAAAUUUAGAAAAUUUUCUAGACUAACAUUUUUUUAUUUUUAAUUGUGACUUUGCAUAAUAGCAUUAAUUUUGUUGCAAUCAAUAUUCCAGUGGCCAUAUGUAACACAGCUUGAAUGAAAAAAAACCUAAUUUUGAUUUAAUACAAACAUAUUUCUCAUAAAUUCAACAAAAACAUCCUAUGGCAAGGCCAAAUUCUUUUGUAUUUAAAAGUUAAUUCAAAAUAAAUUUUUUAGCAAUAAAUAGAGCUAGCUGACAGUACCUAUAACAUAAUAAUCUCAGUGUGUCUCUACAUUUAUUUGCUUCCCCAAUAAUUACUAACUUUAAUAUGAAGCAUAGGACGAUAGCACAAAUUACUCGCUUUGUACUGUCAACCUGUGUCAUAGAAUCCUUUUUUAUUUCACAAUAUGCGUGCUGAAGGGAAUUUUGUACAAAUUCUAGAGGUAUUUUCAAAAAAACCUGUUUAUUUUAAAAAAAAAAAACUUAUUUAAAAUAGUAUGUCCUUUUUUUCGCCACUAAUAUUAUACUCAGGCGGCUUUAAAAUUUUGUACUGAAUAAGGAAUUCAUAAACUGAAGUUUCAAUUGCAUUAGUACCAAUAACGUUCAUACAAAAACGUGUAAGUAUGUAUGUAUGUAAAACGGUAAUAUGAGUCAUAGAUAUUCAAAAUGGGGAUAGGCUAAAAACUAUAUGUUAUCUUAUAAUUAUUUAGAUAGGAAACUUGAAAUUGAGGUUACAAAAUAUACAAUAAAUUCAUUAAUAUUUGUAAGCAUACAAGCAAGGGCUUACACUGAUAUAAAUCAAAAGAUUAAAUUGAGACAAUAGUAGAUAUAAUUGAAACAUAUGUAAAUUAACUCAAUAACGUUGGAAACUAAUUUUACGAAAUCGUAAUUCAUUAACGGAACACACUAAAAGGCACAUAAAUCAGUCUAGAGCUAUUGCGUGCGUGAUUUAUAAAAAUAAAUGAUAUAUAAAAUAAAUGUGUUAAAAAUAUAUACAUAUGCUCGUUUAUAAAGAUAGAGAAAUCUCCGGUUAACUGAACUUGAAUAUUUGUACAUUAACUGUUUAAUUAUCUGGAGAUUUUACUUAUUUAUACUUGUUUAGGUUUAAAGAAGCCUGACUAAGCGAAAAUUUCAAGAACAAUUAAAAAAAACACUAAAAUGUCAUUUAAA